CUAUAGUAGUGGAUUAGUGAUUUUGGUGUGAGGAUGGCUGAUCAGACGUCGGUGUUGGCGCUCGUGAUCCUGGCGGUCGGAGUCACUGUGCAUUUCUCGCUGCACAAGGUCGAGGAGGGCCAUGUCGGAGUCUAUUACCGGGGGGGCGCUCUGUUGCCAGUGACAAGUCAGCCGGGGUUCCACAUGAUGGUUCCCCUACUCACAUCAUACAAAGCCAUACAGACAACUCUGCAGACUGAUGAGGUGAAAAAUGUCCCCUGUGGAACCAGUGGGGGCGUGAUGAUCUACUUCGAAAGGAUUGAGGUUGUCAACAUGCUGGAACCAAAUACAGUUCUGGACGUAGUGCGCAACUUCACCGCAGACUACGACAAAACACUCAUCUUCAACAAGGUGCACCAUGAGCUGAACCAGUUCUGCAGCGCACACAGCCUGCACGAGGUCUACAUCGACCUUUUUGACCAGAUCGACGAGAACCUCAGGACAGCUCUCCAAAAAGACCUGAAUGAGAUGGCCCCAGGGCUACGCGUGCAGGCAGUGCGCGUCACCAAACCAAAGAUCCCCGAGGCCAUCCGCAAGAACUACGAGCUCAUGGAGGCCGAGAAGUCGAAGCUCCUAAUUGCAGCCCAACAUCAGAAGGUUGUAGAAAAAGAAGCAGAGACGGCUCGGCGCAAGGCGGUCAUCGAGGCCGAGAAAGAGGCGCAGGUGGCCAAGAUCCAGUACGAACAGAAAAUCAUGGAAAAAGAAUCUCUACAGAAAAUAGAACUCAUCGAGGACAGCAUCCACAAAGCCAAGCAGCAGACCAAAGCGGAGGCCGAGUUCUACAAUCUCAAGAAACAAGCAGAGGCCAAUAAGCAACUACUAACCAAAGAGUACUUGGAAUUGAAGAGAUAUGAAGCACUUGCUAUUAACAAUAAGAUAUACUUUGGCAAUGAUAUUCCAAGCAUGUUCUUACAGGCUAAUGUCGGUGACAAUGUUCCAAUUCCAACCCCACAAAGUGUUCAAGUGCAAUGAGUAAUAGGCAUUCUGUCAAAACAACUAGUCAGACAGUAAGUCAUACAGGGAGCAAAUGUUUUGACAAGGAAUUUAAAGGCCCUAAGUAAUUUCCAGCACCACAUGUCUCAUUGGAGUGUUGAGCUAUUUUGAGAGAUCAAUGUGAUAAUUUUUUAUCAUUAGGAAUAGUUUUACAUAGGACCGUUUCUGUGUGUUUUAUAGAACUAAGAUGUAGACGUGUAAC